AUGGCCUCAGUCAGCAGUACUACUGCAAGUGAUGAAACCAUGGAGGUGGCUAAGAAGAACGUGUUUGCCAUGAGUGACACAGAAUUUUGGAUGGCAUUUAUUCCACUCAUGAAGUUAAUCAUGACCACGAAUUCCUCUGACGUGCUAUGUAAGGCUCCAGGUCAAGAGAAUGCCCACGAUGCUACGUUGAAAAUACUUAACAAGGUGUCAAAGUAUUCAUGGGAAGCGAAGGCUGUGUUGGCCCUGGCGGCUUUUUCUUUGGAAUAUGGAGAGUUCUGGCUGAGUGCCCAGCAUCAACAAUCUGACCAACUUGCCAUGUCUGUGGCAUUCCUUAAGGGUGUGCCAAUCUUUCUCAAGCCCGAAAACCUCAAGAAACGCGGCAGAGCUAUCACUGAUCUCAACAAUGUGAUCAUGUCCACAUUGCAAGUGAUUGAUUGCAUCUUUCAAUUGGAGAAGCAUUCCAUCACUUAUAAUGAUGUAAAGGAGUUGAGAGAAAUCUUGGCAAAUGCAAGGAAAGAUAUCUGGGUGAAUGUCUAUUGGUGUAUCAUUACAACCGUAGCUUGCGCCACUAACAUCACCCUCCUUACUAGUGAUGAGGGGAACUCACACGACCUUGUCCAGUAUGCUCAGAAGAUCACAAUCAUCCUCAAUAAACUUAAGCAACAGCUGAAGAUCUGCAAAGAGGAAAUAGAGAAGUUACAGACCUACAUGAAGCUCAAACAGCUCUUCCAAAUUCCUACUGAGAUUAUGGAGGUUAUGAAGAUCCUAAUCUUUUUCAAACAUAAUGCGGAGACAACCAUUUUCGAUGGUUCCACUGAGAAACUGGUUAACAUCGACAUCCUAAGGACGAAGAAUGUGUUGUUGUUCAUUUCGAGCCUAGAGAUAUCUGAGGAUUAUAUUGCUUGUCUCAGACCCAUAUAUGAUUUUACAAAGGAUAAUAAUGAGUAUAAGAUUGUUUGGAUUCCUAUAGUAGAGAAGUGGACUAUAGUUCUGCAACGCAAGUUUGAGGCCCUGCGGGCUAAGAUGCCAUGGUACACAGUAGGCCAGGGUGGUGCCCACAUUGCAGGCAUCAAGUACAUCAGUACAUCAAGGAGGAUUGGAACUUUAAUGAACAAAGACGAUUACAUUUUCUUCUACGGAGGGGAUUCAGUGUGGAUGAAUCAGUUCAAGGAGAAAGCAACUGCCCUUAUAAAUGAUGAAAUAAAAAAUGAACCAAAGAUUUCUAUUGAGUUAUAUCCUGUGGAGAAGAACGCAAAUAAUGACAGAGGGGAUGACAGCUUUAGCACCUUCUGGUCCGCCAUAGAAAGCAUGUUCCAUAUCAAGGUUAUCAAUAAGCAGAUUGAGGACGUGGUAAAACAAGUUCAGAAGCUGCUUUCCUACAAAGAUGACAAGAGUGGAUGGGCUGUUUUCAUCCAAGGCCGUAGGCUUGUGGCCCUUGGUGGUUCGACAAUGUAUACGGUUCUCGAGAAAUACCACACGUGGAAUCAGAACGUAACACUAACAGUAGAAAACUUUGGACAAGUUUUUAAUCAACAGCAUGAGACGGAGGUUGAAGAAACUGGUCACGUCUGCAGCUGCUUUAGCAUCCCAGGUGCAACUGGAAGCACCCUAGAGGCAAUGGUAUGCUACGAGUGUGGCAAUUCCAUGGAGACAUUCUUCAGCUAUAAGUGCUGCCAUGUCAAGAAGAAGGCGCGUUUGUGUUGGCGAGAUAUCCUAGCCCUAUUAGGAUAUUUCGUUAUUAUCCUAUUAGGAUUUUAUUUAUUUCCUUUUGUAUAA